GUGCAUAAUGGCUAUGCAGAGUCCUUUGUCGACGCUCUGCUUUUCAAUGGGUUUAUAUGCGCUGUAGUUGCCACUAAUGGUCCAGGGUUUGAGACCUAAUUGAGCCAGCUUGAGCCGCUGUUGAGCCGGGUUGAGCCGUUGCCGUUGGAUUUGGAAUUUGGACUUUGCAGCGUUUUAUUGUUUUGUUUGAGGGGCGGCGUGCUACAUCGCUGUUGAAGUGCAUGGACCUUGGUAAAACUGGAUCGUCAUUCUUCAGCUUCUUCUGUACUGCUGAUUGCAAAAGCCCUUCUAUGAUGCAAGCGUCUACGAGCUGCGCCAGCCGCCGAGCGCCGCGCUGCGACAACUCCUGCGCACCAUUGCGCACGGCAUGAGUCAGCUGUUGCCGUCAGCGGCGCCCGGAGAGCCACGGCCGCCCGUCAUAGGCGAAGAAUCCUACCAUGUACGGGGAGAGGGCGGCGAGCGACCCGUGACACGUGCCGUCGCCAUGGAAACCGCCCAAGACGCCGAUGAGUACCUGAAGCAGAGGAGCUCUUGGGGCGAGGGCGGUGCCGAGGGCGGCCCUUCGCCCUCCUACACAGCCACCUCGACCCCGCCCUACCUUCGCUACGCCGGCGGCCUGCGCGCGCUGCUCAAUGACAAGGAGGGCGUCGAACACUUCAAGACGUACCUGAAGGAGGAGGGAUGUCCGGAGAUGCUCUACUUCUGGUACGCCUGCGAGGGUGUCCGGCAGCAGUGCUCCGCAGACCCGGCCGCCGAUCCCGCUCAGUUUCGCCAGCUCAUUCGGGCCAUCUACAAGCGGUUCGUGCGGCCGCGGCGGCGCGGCGGUCGCGCCGCGUCUGUGGCGAGCAGUGGCGCGGCGGCGGCCGAGCGCGAGCCGGCCGAACUGCCGCUCAGUGAGGACGUGCGGACAGAGAUCGCCGAGCGCGUGCAGGACGGCCGACUAGACGCGGAUGUGUUCGAUAGUGCUCAGGCCGAGGUGGAGGCCGAAAUGAACCGGACGCUGUACCCGAAUUUCCUCAAGUCGGACUACUACAUCCAAUUAGUGCAGGGCGGCGGCGGUGUGGGCGGCGACGGCGAGGGUGAGAGUGUGGAAGGCUCGAGCUGCGCCAGCUCCGUGUGCGGCCCGCCGUGCCCCGCCGCGGGGCUGCCCACACUGCAUGAGGAGCACGAGGGCUCGGCGGGCGGCUCGACGACCGGCGCCGCGCCGGGCCCGGCCGUGGCGCCGGCGCUGACCCGUGGCGCGCUGCUGGCCACGCAGGAUAAACGGGCGCUCAUCCAGCCGACCGGACGGCGGAAACCGGACCGAGUGACCACCUCCAGGCCCGGCCUACCGUACCAGGCGCCCGGCCUGCCGCUGCCGCGGCCCGUCAACCCGUACCACACGCUCUACAACUCGUACAACCCAGUCAGCCGGCAGGACUCGGAGCUGCAGAGCAUGAGCUCUGAGGCGCUGACAGACGACACCGGCAGCCGGGCCGGAUCCUCUGUGAGGGACGGACGGUCGGGUCACUACAACACGCGCCUGUCUCAGAAGCGGAUACACAAGCUGCAGCGUCAGAUGAUGCGUGAGAGCGCGAGACAGAACCAGGAGUCGAUGCUGCAGAACAUGGUCAUACCGCGCACCCAGAGGCCGACAGUGCCCCAGAUCGACCCGACCCGGAAUGUCCAGGAGUUCGCGCGGCUGCUCUCAUCCAAACUGGAGAGGGUUAUCGUCGAACGGGAAAUGAUGGACAGCGGGGUCGACUCGAAGCGACUCCUGCAGGAUGCCAUCGGAAAGCUGGGGAAACUGGCUGUGGAGAACGAACAAGAAAUCCUGGACGCGCACAUCUCCAAGGUAUUCGACUCCAGCCACCAGACGCCGUCCCGCUCGGGCGCCCGCUCUCCGGCGGUGGCGGCGGCGCGGCGGGCUCCCCAGCGGCCGCCGCCCCACCGACGGGACCGGGACGUGCUGUCGACGUUCUCGGCGGACUCUGGGACGGGCCAGGACCUGGCGGCGUCCCAGCUGAGCCUGGAGAGACAGCGGCGAGGUCAGAGAGACAUGACCAAGUCACGCACCUUCCCUGACUACGCCGGCUCCGGAUCUGAGUCUCAGUCGCACCGUGCGCCGCGCGACCCGACGCGGCGCAGUCGGCAGUCGCUGAUGGACCCCGACUCGGGAGUGUCAGUGGUCUCUGCUGACCUGCUGCCGGCGCGCACCCGACCCGCCGACAAGGUGCUGAUGUGGAUGCAGCAGACGGAGCGGGACGAGGCCUCUGUGCGCCACCGGGCUCGCUCGGCACACGCGGCUCCCAUGCCGCCGUCAGGUCGCCGGCCGCCGGCGGCGCCCCUCCCGUACAACUCGUCCCGGUCCGGAUCCCUGGACCGGGCCGCGGAGGAGGAGAGGAGGGGGCGCAGCAGGUUAUCGGAUAGCCAAAUGCAGGCAGCUCCGUUCAACUCGCUGAAGCGGCACCAGCGACCGCCGAAGCCUCAAGCACGCGGAGACGCCGAUGAAAUGUUGUGCAUUGCCUAUACGUUCUGUGGCGAAGAAGUGCCUUAUAUGACGCGUGUACCCUCAAGGUACAUUACGCUUAAGCAGUUUAAGCAGCUUUUGCCACGCAAAGGCAACUACAGGUAUUUCUUCAAGACUGAGUGUCCCGACUUUGAGACGGGUGUGAUCCAGGAGGAGGUAUCGGACGACUCUGCGCCGCUGCCCCUCUGGGAGGGCAAGGUUCACGGCCAGGUCAUGAGCCGCGACUGACCCCCCCCCCCCCCCCCCCCGUCCCCCUCACAUCCCCCGCCAUACCCUCCCCGGCCAAACGGUCUAUUUUUCUACGCGAAGUUUAUGAGAGCGAGAGAUCGUGUGUCGAUGAUAUGUCGUUAUAUGCUGAUGCGGGCCCUCGCCGGGCGCCCGGUGUGUAUGCGUGUGUGUGGAAGGGUCUUACCUCGCCGGCCGCUCGGCUGCGGCCUCGGCAGCUCAGGAAACGCCUUAGCGCUGGCGCGGGGCCUCGCUGGGCCCGGCGCGGCGCGCCGCCAGUCCGCGGGGUCCGGUCGGGUCCGGUUUUGGCCCGCUGGACUCUGCCGGCUGGAGUCGGUCUUAUUUGGCUGCCGUUGUGCUCUGCUGUUGGCGCAUGCGCACUGCGCCGCGUGUUGUUUGCGCCUGGGGCGCCUCGCCUGCCCACGCUGUGUCUUGUCAAUGGACUGUGCCGCGUUUUUAAUACAGGAAUGUAUGCGAUAUGACA